CGCGCUCAUUCUCAGUGCUAUGAUCAAGUCGAGUUCGACUCCGUACUCCACCAGGCUUGGUUCCUCCUCAAGAGACCGACGGUCAACGUUCCGAUUGACAUUUCUGUGUGGAAUCUUUCAAAGUUGUCGAUGGUGAACUGUGCCGCUGAUUUGGCCAAAAAUUCUAUUCAAUGUUCCAACUGUGCGUAAUAGAGAGUGCCUUUCAAGAAAUUUAUUUCCUAAUCCGUCGUGUAGCCCCUCGAUUCAAUCGUGUUUGUAAACAUGCUGGAGGUAAAUAGGAUACAAAAUUUUCAUUGAAUCCCAAUUUUUAAAACGCGACGUUCUUCAUCGAUUGAUUUUAUCAGAUCCUGAUAUGUUCAAAGUAAAUUGGUUUGAGGUGAUCGGUAGAAAGUGAGUAUAAUUUGCAGGGUUCGAGCUAAGGAAAAAAUAUGGAAGGGUCAACGACCCAAGAGGCAAAACCGGCGGAGUUAUCCGCAAACUGUUUCACCUGCUUCCGCCGUCCGCAAGAUGCUUUAUCCAUAACGAAGGACCACAACGUUAGCGACUUGCUGAUGAAACAUUUCUGGUUCCAAUUACAAGAUUUCAACGACGAUCAAAUUAUAUGCCAUUCAUGCUGGGAUCAACUAAAGUGUUUUCACAGCUUCUACUGUCUGGUGCAGCACAACUACGAGUUACUUAAGAAUCCGGCAACGGUCCGAAUCAAGCAAGAACCAAGUGAGUUGGAAGUUUCAUCGCAUCUGGUGGAGGUUGAGCUGAAAUCUUUUCCACCCAGCGAAGCAGAAGAGUUCAAACCAGAAUGUAUAUCCGAUGAUGAACAGGCCACGGAUUGCUCCAUCAAGUCCGAACCGCUGGCAGAUUCUUCAUCGGAAAAAUCGCCAACGAUAUCAGCAGCCGCUAAACCGAAGCGGAAGUAUACUAGAAGGAAAAAUGUCGAAGAACGAAAGCAACCGAAACCAAUCAACUAUCAGAUUAAAACCGCCGAACAACUGGCGGAGGAAGACGAGAUCAUUAGGACCCAUGUGCGAUAUAUUUGCGAAACAUGUGGCACUGAUUGCCCAUCAUUCAACAAUUUCCUUAAACACGUUAUGGAUCAUCACGGAGCAAAAGGUUUUAUUGUUUGCUGUGGCCGUCGUUACUACAAGAAGGUUCGCCUGCUAGAGCAUGUCCAGCAGCUAGAGAAUCCGGAGUUAUUCAAAUGCGAUAUAUGUUUCAAAAGUUUCAUUAACAGUCUAGGGAUUCGAAGACACAAACAGGAAAUGCACCUGCCGGAUGAGUUGCGUAUCUAUGGCUGCGAGCGAUGUCCUAAGCGAUUCGCCAAGCAGAGCCAGCUAGCGGCUCAUUUGAAAGGGCACGAAAAUCUGGAUAAUGCUACGGCCAAGUGUGAAGUUUGUGGGAAAACCUUUCCAUCGGAAGCUCUACUUAAGACUCACGUCAAAAUCCGACACACGCGUCCCACUGACUUCAUAUGCGAUGUGUGCGCUAAAGGGUUCUAUUCUAAGGCGGAAUUUUUGCGCCACAAGAAGCAGCAUGACCUAAGCCCGGCCGAGCUUCGCGUGCAGUGUGACGUCUGUCAGCAGUGGUUGAAGAACCGGGUCAGCUGGCGGAAGCACUACAUUCGCCACUCGCAGGGUCCGACGACGUGCGAUUUGUGUGGUCAUGUUUCACCGAACAAGUCCGCCUUGGCCGGACACAAACGGCACCGACAUCGAGAGAGCAUCCAUACCUGCCAGGAGUGCGGUAAGGAAUUUCGGCGGGCGAUCAAUCUGCGAGAGCACAUGGCUUCGCACACCGGAGAGGCACUGUAUUCGUGUAGUUUUUGCGAGCGAACGUUCAACUCCAAUGCGAAUAUGUUCUCCCAUCGGAAGAAGAUGCAUCCUCAGGAGUGGCUGGAGAUGAAAAGUGCUCAGCGGGUGGCUCAUCAAGGGGUAUCGGCGGUAGGAGGGUCGAAAGCAGAAUAACUUCCUCGGUU